UCUCAGUGGUGGGCAGAAGAGGAGGAGGAGCCAGAAGGAGGGGGGGUGACUGGAGGUUGCGCCGCGCAUAGGCAAUGCCAGGGCUCAGUCCAAAAUUAGGGGUGCAGGCGAUCCCCCAGUAGGUGUGUGGUGCAGCAGGGUCUCUUCUUUUUUAAAUGUUCUGGGAAAGAGAGCUCCCUGCCUGCACAUCAUCCCCGUCUUUCCUCCCAAGGGCAAGGAAGGGAGUAGUGAAGGGUAAAACAGGAGAGGGGGUGAGGUGUGGGGGCACAGCUGCCAUGAAUCUGGAAUAGCCUCUUUGGGGAGAUUGUCCCGCCCAUCAUCCUCUUGUCCUCCCCCCCGUUUUUGUGGGGGGGACGAAGAGAUAGAUACACGCACACACACAAAUCCUUCAGCAACUGGCUGGAUCUCUUUCCCCCCCCCCCCCACCAUGACAACAAAUCCAGCAUUAGAAUCGCCAUCUACCCAAUGGCUACACAGCAGGCUGCUGAUGGGUGAGGAAGGCUCUUCGGUGGCUGGAUGCGCUUCCCAAAGCCCUGAUAGUAGCUGAAGCGGGACGUAGCCAAUGUCGUCCAGCAAAGGGGCGGGGGCUGGAGCUCGCCGGCGGCGGACACGGUGCCGGAAGUGUAAAGCUUGCCUGCGGUCAGAGUGUGGGGAGUGCCACUUCUGCAAGGACAUGAAGAAGUUUGGGGGGCCUGGGCGCAUGAAGCAGUCGUGCCUCCAGAGGCAGUGCACGGCGCCAGUUCUACCUCACACCGCUGUGUGCCUGGUGUGUGGGGAGGCCGGGAAAGAGGACACAGUGGAGAGCGAGGAGGAGAAAUUCAACCUGUCACUCAUGGAGUGUACCAUCUGCAAUGAGAUUGUGCAUCCAGGCUGCUUAAAGAUGGGAACAGCCGAAGGGGUCAUAAACAACGAAAUUCCAAACUGUUGGGAAUGUCCCAAGUGUAAGAGAGAAGGCAAAUCGAUGAAAGACUCGGGCGACGGCACAGGGAAGCGGCGGUCCGACAACGGCGAGGAAGGGGUCCGGUGGAAGCUAACAGACGAGCCUGCUCAGAACAAGAAGAAGUUGGUGCCAGCCCCACCUCUUCCCCCAACAUCCACGGAGGAGAACCAAGUCCAAGCUGGAGUCCACAAGCGCAAGAAAGAGAAGGAGCUACCACCCCCAGACACAGGGCCCAAGAAAAAGUUAAAAGGCAUGCGGGAAAAGCAUCUGAAAAAGGCCACCGAGCAGUCUCCCGAUGGGAACAAGCUGCAGUCAAUGCAGACGUGGGGCCGCAUGGGCAGCGGGGACUUUGAGGUGAAGGGCACCAUCUCCCACCCAUCCAUCCACCUGAACCAGAUCACGGCCAGCGACCUGGAGAAACCGAAGGUUCCUCCAGGCCCCUUGGAGCCCUCAGCCCAGUCGGACAAGUCCCACCAGCGUGAGAAGCUGGAGCGUUUCAAGCAGAUGUGCCAGAUGUUGGAGCGAGUCAAGAACAGCAGCAGUUCGAGCUCCAGUUCGGACUCUGACUCUGACACGGACUCUCGGGGCUCUGAUGGCUCCAGUGGGGGUGUCUCGAGCCAUGCUGCGUCUCCGGCUACCCGCUCUCAACGCCUGGCUGCCCUGGGCUUCAGCGCCAGUGAGGAAGAAGAGGAGGAGGAGGAGGAGGAGGAAGACGAUGGCGGGAGGCGCAAUGGCAGCUCCGAGACAGCACGCAACGGCAAGCAGCCAAAAGCUCGAGGGAACUCUCAGGAGAAAGAGAACAAUCACCGUCCGUCCAGCAGGGGGAGCGAAAGAGGCAAGCAACAGGCGGGCAGCCGCAAAGCGGGCCGGCCCGCUGGGCAGACAGGGCUCCGCAUGGUGGCCCGGACUCCGUUUCUCAACUGGCCCCUGGUGCCCUCCCCUCCCAAGCCUCUGCUACAGCUGGAGAGGCAUGUGGUCCGACCUCCCCCUGACAGCCCCGAACCCGACUCGUUGCCCCUGGACAGUGGCUCUGACCACAUCAUGCAGCGGGAUGUUUGGUUGGCCGUCUUCCAAUACCUCAGCUAUCGGGAGCUGUGCGUCUGCAUGAGGGUAUGCCGGACAUGGAGCCGUUGGUGCUGUGACAAGCGGCUUUGGACGCACAUUGACCUGAGCCAUCGGAAAUCCAUCACUCCCUCCAUGCUGAGCGGCAUCAUCCGCCGGCAGCCAGCCAGCCUCGACUUGAGCUGGACCAGCAUCUCCAAGAAGCAGCUAAUGUGGCUUCUGAACAGGCUACAAGGCCUCAAGGAGCUCAUCCUGACAGGCUGCUCUUGGUGUUCGGUGUCAGCGCUCAGCACAGCCAACUUCCCCUCUCUGCAGCUCCUGGAUUUGCGCUGGAUUGAGGACAUAAAGGACUCUCACUUGCGCGAGCUGCUGCUGCCUGCCACAGAUACCAAGCCGGGCCAGACCGACAGUCGGGGCCGGCUCCAGAAUGUCUCUGAGCUGCGUCUCUCUGGACUGGACAUCACGGACUCAUCGCUGCGUCUGGUGGUCCGGCACACUCCCCAGCUUGCCAAACUGGACCUGAGCCACUGCAACCACGUGGGCGACCAGUCCGUUAACCUGCUGACCGCUGCUAACUCCCCACUCCGAGAGACCCUCACCGAGCUCAACCUUGCCGGUAAGUUGAGAUUCUCUCACCCCGGAUGUGGUUUCCUCUCCUGCUUGUCUGGUACGGAAGCUCAAGGGCCCCAGUCCUCACCAUCCCCAUUGACCCCUCCAGGGCUAGUGGUGUCUGUUGUGGGCAAGUGCUCCGUUAUUUUACCAGCAUUCCUACCUAAAAGAAACCAUUUUGGAGAAGAGACCAGAAGUCCUUUUCCUGUCCAUCUCUGGCCAGAUCCAAAACCUGUAGGGGGAUUCCUAAUUUUAGAACUGCUGCCAUUAUUGUUAUUACCACCAUACAGCACCAACUUCAUCUCAGAACUUUCUGGGGGUUUUUUAACUUCAUUAUAUACCCUGCCUUUCUCCCCAGCGGGAACUCAAAGGGUCCCACACCGUUCUCCUCUCCUCCCUUUUAUCCUCACAACAACUCUGUGGGGUAGGCUAGGCCAAGAGUGUGUGACCGGCCCAACGUUGCCCAGAAGGUUCAAUGGCAGAAUGGGGAUUUGAACUUUUUUUGCAGUCAAGUUG